UUUUGAAUUUCACUCGCAUCGAAAUAUUUGUCUUUAACAAAACUUUCCUCCUCAUAACCUUACUUUCAAAAUGGCUGGUAAAUUCGAACCUAAAACUCCUGUUACUCUCAGCCCGCCGAAAUAUGAUCCCAUCUCAGUGGAAGAACUUGCAAAAUGCAAUGGUAUUUGUUACCGCUUUAUGAUUUCCGAGGAUGAAGUACUAACAAACAUGUGUAAGGUGCUGAUAGCGAGAAGUGUUAUGUUGCAAUUAAGGUACAACCUACAGUCUGCAUGUUUUACGAUGCAAUGCAGAAUACUUAUGGAACUUAGGGCAAAGUCUACGAUGUAACUGGAAACAAAGCAUAUCUGCCAGGUGGUGCUUAUAAUGGUACUUCUUCUCCCCUCAUUCUUUUGGUACCGCAUAUUCUUUUCACUAACCUUUCUUUUCGCCUCCAGUAUUUGCCGGCCACGAUGCCUCCCGCGCUUUAGCUAAAACUUCUACUUCCGCUGAUGAUGUAUCACCCAAUUGGUUCGAUCUUGAUGACAAAGAAAAGGGUGUGCUUAAUGAUUGGAAUACAUUUUUCUCGAAACGAUACAAUAUCGUGGGGCUAGUUGAAGGAGCAGAGAAUCUGGAUCCAGAGGAUAAGAUAGAGGGUACCCCGAGUUGAAAUGGAGUGGAUGCAUGGUGGAAGUUGUAAAGAUAGAACAGGCUGUGGUGGAAUGGAUAGAGAAUCUGAUUUCACGAAUUAUGAUCAGAGGCUGGAGUUAUGACCGGCAGAUGAAAUAAUUUUUGAUCCAAUCUCGCGGACGAUGGGGUGAAAAGUUAGCUUGUCACUCAAUGCUUAAUAUAUAUUUCUACCGCGCAUUUGGACUAAGAGUCAAUAUCUGGCUGGAACAUAUAAUGCGGGUAUUGUGAGCCAUUGUC